GGGAGGAAACUGGGUGUUGCCCGUUUUUUUACGUCGUCUGAGUCCAAGCAGCAGCAGCAGCAGCAGCAACACACACGGAGAUUGGAGUUCAGUCUGCACGAACACUGCGUAACAGCGGCUUCAUCGAGACACUUCUUCGCUAACCGGCUUUAAAAAGACCCUCCAAUAACCGACACCAUGGGCGUUGAAGGCUGCACGAAAUGUAUCAAAUACAUGCUCUUCUUCUUCAAUUUCAUCUUCUGGCUGGCUGGUUGUGUAAUCUUGGGGGUUUCACUCUGGCUUCGUCAUGACACUAAAACAAGCAGUCUACUGGAGCUGAGGUAUCAGGACGCAGAACCACCCAGCACCUUCUACAUCAGUGUCUACAUCUUGAUUGCUGUUGGUGCUGUGAUGAUGUUUGUUGGAUUCCUCGGUUGCUAUGGAGCCAUACAGGAAUCCCAGUGUCUUCUCGGAACAUUCUUUGCCUGCCUGGUCAUUCUGUUUGCCUGUGAGGUUGCUGCUGGAAUCUGGGGAUUCAUGCACAAAGACAAGAUCUCCAAAGAGAUGAUCACCUUCUAUGACUCUGUGUAUGACAAAGCUUCAAAUAAAGGCUUGCAAGAAGACCAAAAUCAGGCUGCCGGCGCUGUUUUGAAGGUCUUUCAUGAGACUCUUCAGUGCUGUGGCAAAGGAGGCGUAUUUGGAUUUGCUGACAAGUUGCUCUCAGACGUGUGUCCUGGAGACUUGAAAAUUAAUGCUGUAAACUGUCACACCAAGAUCAAAGACCUUUUCACAGAGAAGAUCUACCUGAUUGGCAUCGCUGCCCUGGUUGUUGCUGUAAUCAUGAUCUUCGAGAUGAUCUUCAGCAUGGUGCUCUGCUGCGGAAUCAGGAACAGCCCUGUUUACUAAAACACGGGCAAGAUAUGUCCUUUAAAACAUCAGCCAAAAAAAAAAAAAUCAUUUUGUUUUUAUAUCUACCAUCUCCUAUUUUGUUUUGUAUCUUCCAUCGUUUUAUAAUAUAGUCACUCUGUCCAGUUCCUGAAGUCUCAGAAGAAUUUUUGUGCAUUUUUGUUCAAAUGUGGCAGUGGAAUCAUCAACAACUAGUCUGCUACGGUUUACGCUGUAGUUGGUGAUGACUAGUUGCGAUCUGUAGCUAUAGCAGUAGACUUGUAAACACACACACACACACACACACACACACAGUACAUUAUCACAUGAAGAAUGAAUACAUUUAUUUGCUUGUAGUUUUUAUUGUGUUAACUGUUAAGUACUGCUAUUGCUAUCGGUUACUAUCAUUCUUUUCGUAUGUACAUGUAUAAACUGUAUAUAUUUGCAGCCCUGUAUGGCUGAAUAAGCAUGAAUCUCGUAUUGAACAAUCCUGUCCAUCUUCCUCUCUGAGACUGCUGCUUGUAUGUACACGUUUCUUCUUGAGAAACCACUAAAUAAACAAUGUUAGCUAGGUGACAGAGAAAGUCAGAAUACAGUGUUUAUUGGAAGUGAGAAUGCAAAGAUUUAACAAUGUCUAAAAGCCCGGAUAUACUUCAUUUUUCGCGUUCUGCUCCGUCUAGUGCACAGUUGAGCGAGAAAGUACACUCUAUUGACAGCGCGCACUACCUACCUAUUGGACCUUUGUUUUCAAGUGCUCAAAUCAGAAAAAUCGGGCUACGCACGGACAAUGGAAGUAUACUUUGCAGUGUUGACGAGCACUGCGUUUCCUUCUUACACUGUAUGCCAUUCAGUAGAGCUCAAUCGGUGCAAAACUUAAAGAUAUAUUCCGGGUCCAGUAGAAAGCACUUUUUCUAAUGAACUGUCUCUCAUUUUCUUCGAAAACAGCAACAGUCUGGGUAACAUAAAAGUACUUAUAAUGGGGGUAAAUGGAGCUGAUUCAUAAAAAUUUAAAUACUCACUGUUUCAAUAUUAUAGGCACAUGAUGAGAAUAUGCAUGCGGACAUGAUUUUAGCGUAAAAACUUUUUUUUCUGUGUAAAGUUAUAUCCAAUUUUACAACUUAGUUGCCAUUUGAAAUUAAAUCUAAAACCUUAAAAUGACCGGUAAAAUUAUUAGAACUACUUUAAAAUUUAUAACAUAAACAUUAGUGCUUUUAUGAAAGUGCACAAGCUUCACAUUUCUUCAGAAAUGUGCCCAUUCACUUCCAUUUUAAGUGUCUCGUCACAGCAUUUUUUUUUUUUUCCCCAAGAGUCAGGAUUAGUUUUUGUGGCAACAGCAGGCCACAAAUGCUGUCAGUUGAGCUUAACUUGUGAAUUGUACUGAACCUGGAAUAUUCCUUUAAUGGCAGAAAGAGUGCUGAUCUAUGAUCAUUUUUUCUUGCAUGUCAGAUCACAUGGAUGAGAGAGCUGAUCUUAGAUCAGCACUCCUUACGUAGAAAACGGUAACCACAGAGCUCCUAAUGGCUACUACAAUCUACUAUCUUUUUAUGCUCUAUAAGACUAAUAUUAUGUAAUGUAUUUUCCUGCAUGCCCGUCAUACAAGGAGUUGGACACGUUAAGAAAUACUGCCACCAUCACUUAAGUUCUGCCUCUCUUUACACUUUACAGUGAUCGCAGCCAUGGAGAGGAUUCGUACAUACCUACUAGCCUUAUAAAUGAAACACCCUAUCCCUUAGUCACUUAGAUAGAAAAUCCAGAUUGAUUCCUAAUGGAAUUGUCUAUGCUGUCAUAGCUGUAAUGUGUAAUAUCAUUCAACUGAAAAAGUUUGUGUGAAUGAAAAUGUGUGAUAUUUGUUGACAGUGAAUUCAGAUGGACAGGCUUUAAUGGUUAUAGAAGCUCUUUACUCUUCACUGCCACCUCUAUCACAGAUGUAGUUGCUGUAAUACCGUGCCAUUUUCACUAGGUGGCGCAAAGACUAUUCACUUUGACAACUGGUGAUUACACCCUUUCUAUGCCUGUGUACAUGUCUAUUGUGCACUUAUUCUUCUAGACCGCACUAAUAUGAAGCACCCCCAUCAUUGAGGUAUAAAUACCAUCAGAUUUGUGAUUUAGGCUAGUACAUGCAUUAUGCAAACCUGUCUUGUUAACACAUAUUGCCUAUGCUGAUAUGCUUAAAAAGUGUCUUGUACAGCUAUAUAGUAUACUAAUUACAAUGUAAAGACAAUGUAUGCCUUUAAUUGUGGUAUCUUUUUCCUGGUACUUGUCAAAAAAAAAAAAAAAAGAACCUCAGCAAUGAUUUCAGUUGAAGCAUGUAAGAAUUUUAGGGGGUCCUGAUAGGUCGAGCAUGAUCUUCUAACUAUUCAAUAUUAUGAAGGCGAAACAGUUGUUUAUGAAAAUAACUUAUAGUAAAAACACAUUAAGGUAUUUGAACGCUAUCAAAUAUAACCUUUGUGUUGUAAGGAUCUCAUACUUAUUUGAUACCCAAAUUGACAGCUGUCACUCAAAUCUCAACUCAAAUACCCUAAUGCACCAAUUAUAGAUUUUGGUCUGGUUUUGUUGCCCAAAUAUUCAGGAAUUAAAUGUAUUUUACAAAUAA